AUGGCGGCCGCCACGGCAGGACCCUCGGAGCUGCAGCAGCUGGGGAGGGAUGAUUUGUUGGAGCUCCUAAAGAAGCAGGCUGAGCAGCAAAAGGCGUUGAAGGAGCAGCUCGCGAUUGUCACCAAGGAAAAGGACGAUGCUUUGGCCCAACUCUCCGUCGCUUCGACAAGUCAUGGCAGGGCAGAAAGCCCAGAGAAUGAUCGUAAACAAGAGCUCGAAGAACUACGCCUCGAGUUCGAAGCAAAAUUGGCAAAAGAAAAAUUCGCCGCUCAAGAAGUCAACAGCUCUCUGAAAGCUAUGCAAAUGGCAUUGGCGGAUUAUGAUAAACAAAUCAAAAAAUUUAAAGAAGAGAAAGCGUCAAAGGCUUCGAAGCUCGAAUCUGCCCUGAAAGACAGGGACGAAUUAUCAACCCGGCUUGGAAUCGUGGAAGCAGAGUUGGCAAAUACGAAGCAAUUCAGCGAUCACUUGGAGAAGGCGUUAGAAUGUGCAAAAGCCGAAGCUGAAGAGCUACGACUCCAAAAACAGGACGCCGAAAGUCAGAAGAUAGAGUUAAUGCAGGUGAAGAUGGACGAGGACAGCCAUAGUUCGUGGGAAGUGGUGGAUUUGACAAAUGAGCUAGCGCAAAACUCCCAGCAGAUCGAGACUUUAAGAUCAUCCCUGGUUUCUGUUGAGUCGAAACAAUUCAGCGACCACUUGGAGAAGGCGUUAAAAUGUGCAAAGGCCGAAGCUGAAGAGCUACGACUCCAAAAACAGGACGCCGAAAGUCAGAGGAACGUAGAGUUAAUGCGGAUGAAGAUUAAAGAGGACAGCCAUAGUUCCAUGCAUUCGCUUCAGUUUGACAUGGAAAUGGAUUUGACAAAUGAGCUAUCGCGAACCUCCCAGCAGAUCGAGACAUUGGGAUCAUCUCUGGCUUCGGUUAAGACGGAGCCAAGCUUCUGUGACUUCACGGUCGCUGUACAACACGCCAUCUUGCGAUAUAUGGAUGUGAAGGACUUCUUCAAAACAGCCAUCACCAGCAAGAAAAUGCUAGAGUAUUGGAGGCAUAUCUGCAGG